AUGUCUUCAGUUGCCGGCCAGGCCGCCGGUGGCAAUUUUGCUACCACCGAGCAGUCAGGCACUUCCCUGGCUGUAAAGGGAGACCUCGUCUCAUACUCUACUCCCUUCUCCUCCCAGCAUGACGCUGAAAUUAAGAACCUUGCCCAUUCCACUUCUAUCAAUUCAGUUGACCGCGGCGCUGGCGUUGACCAGGUCGACAAAGAUCAUAAUUCGGAUAUCGACUCGCUGUUCGGGGACAUCCGCGACCCCAGAAUGAUCCACGCCAAUGGCGCUAAGGAUGACGAGAACAACAAUGCUUCGCUCAACAAGGACGCCCACAACCAUAGCGGCCACUCUGAAUCGGCUGACCACACCGACAGGGCCACGUCUGCUGCCGAGGCUCAGUCGUCUGCCCAAGCCGAGACUCCGAGCAAAUCAUCACCAGCCACUUUUUUCAUCGUCCCCUCCGGCACGUCUGCCAACCCCACUUCGGAUUCGCCUGGUGACUUCAGUGUCCUCCCCGAUGGAUCGAUUCCAAAGGCAGGUUUCACCUCAAGCGUUCUCUAUGGUCCUGAGUUGCAGAAGGCGCUCUUC